AUGGCUCAGCUGCCAAAAGUUGUCGUUCUGUUUCUUGCAGCUGCUUUUUCCUUCGACGGUCAAAGUGUAAACGCACAGGACACGUCAAAGAUAUAUUCAGGAACCUGCCAGGAGCCAAACGCCAUUUAUUCCAGCGAGGACUUCAGAGCCAUGGUCCGAUGCGCCAACGGGAUAGCCUACACCUUCCCCUGCGCCCCGGGAACUGGAAUUAACCGCAAUAUUUUGACCAACCCUUCGGCGGACGUUGUUUGUGACUUUGUUGGUGGCCGCCAAAUCGCCGCAGCUGCUACCGACAACACCGUGACGACAGGGGGCGCUGGUGGGCAAGCCACAGGGGACGAGCUCUUGAUUGGAGGUGGGGCUGCAGGCGGAACGGCCGGUGGCGCUACAGGCACCGGUACAGUCACAACCACGACUACGACCGGCACACAAACUGGUGGACAGGGCGGGGCAGGGAGCCAGAUAUUUAUUGGUGGUGGACGUCCUGGUGGGCAGGUGACAGGAGGCACCGCCACAAAUACAGCCACGACCACGACAGGCACGCAAACCGGCGGCCAGGGUGGGGAAGGGAGCCAGAUAUUUUUCGGUGGACGUCCUGGUGGGCAGGUGACAGGAGGAACAGCCACAAAUACAGUCACGACCACGACAGGCACGCAAACCGGCGGACAGGUCGGAACUGGCGGGCAGACGUCAACAUCAACUUCUACUACUACUACUACAACAGGUGGAAGAGCACCGACUCAGACAGAUUGCCAACCCAAACUGGUACAACAACCACAACCACUGGUGGCAGAUUCCCAACCCAAACUGGUACAACAACCACAACCACUGGUGGCAGAUUCCCAACCCAAACUGGUACAACAACCACAACCACUGGUGGCAGAUUCCCAACCCAAACUGGUACAACAACCACAACCACUGGUGGCAGNACAGACUGGCCCUACAGGUGUUACAGGUACAACUGGUGGAGCAGUUUUCCCGGGCACAAAUACCGUGACAACUACUACUGGACAGACUGGCCCAACAGGUGUUACAGGUACAACUGGUGGAGUGGUUGCCCCAGGCACAAAUACCGUGACAACCACCGUUACUGGUCAGACUGGACCUACAGGCACUACAGGCACAAUUGGUGGAGUGGUUGCCCCAGGCACAAAUACCGUAACAACUGUCACUACUGGACAGACUGGACCUACAGGUGUUACAGGUACAAUUGGCGGAGUGGUUGCCCCAGGAAACACAGGCACAAAUACCGUAACAACUACCAUUACUGAACAGACUGGACCUACAGGCACUACGGGUACUACAGGCACUAUCGGCGGAGUGGUUGCCCCAGGAAACACAGGCACAAAUACCGUAACAACUACCAUUACUGAACAGACCGGACCUACAGGCACUACGGGUACUACAGGCACUAUCGGUGGGGUGGUUGCCCCAGGUACAAAUACUGUGACAACUACCAUUACAGGGCAGACUGGACCUACAGGCACUACGGGCACUACAGGUACAAUUGGUGGAGUGGUUGCCCCAGGCACUAAUACCGUGACAACUGUCACUACUGGACAGACUGGUCCAACAGGCACUACAGGUACAAUUGGCGGAGUGGUUGCCCCAGGCACAAAUACCGCGACAACUACCACUACAGGGCAGACUGGACCCACAGGCACUACAGGCACUAUCGGCGGAGUGGUUGCCCCAGGAAACACAGGCACAAAUACCGUAACAACUACCAUUACUGAACAGACCGGACCAACAGGCACAACGGGUACAACAGGUACAAUUGGUGGGGUGGUUGCCCCAGGCACAAAUACCGUGACAACUACCACUACAGGGCAGACUGGACCCACAGGCACUACAGGUACAAUCGGCGGAGUGGUUGCCCCAACAGGAAACACAGGCACUAAUACCGUAACAACUACCAUUACUGAACAGACCGGACCUACAGGUGUAACAGGUGCCUCAACUGGCACUGGCUCCACUACAACUUUCACUGAACAGACUGGAGGGCAAGGAGGACCAGCAGUCCAAACUGAUGUUUUCGGGGGUGCUGGAGAGGGUGCUACAGUUACAGGACGCCAGAUCGAUCUCGCUGGCGCCAGAAUUUCCGGCUCCAAUGUCGUCACCAGAGAUGGACGAUCCAUUCAGGUUGGAGACUGUGGAAUCGCUGGAGCUUCCGCUCGUGAAAACAUUGAGCCAAAUGGCGACACCACGGUCACCAUCCGCUGCGUAAAUGGUCAGCCAGUGACGGUUACUCUUGGACCAGUAAUUGAGCCACCCGCUGUAUCCACUGAAACCACAGGCACCACAGGCACCGCCACCACCACCACCACUGAGACUGGUGGACAAGCACCUGCUGGUGCGACCACUAACACAGCGACCACUACCACUACAAACACUGGUGCCGCUGAGCCUGACACAACCGGCCAGACAGCAUCUGGCACUGAAAUCAUCGUUACUGGCGGAAGACUAGAAGGUGAUCAGAUCUUCACAAGCCUCGGAAGACCUAUCAUGAUUGACGGCUGCGGUAUUGGAGGUUAUACGGCGCGCUCUGAGGUCUCUGCCACAGGACAGCCACAGGUGGUCAUCCGUUGUCGCACUGGUCAAGUUUUUACCGCAACAGUCGGACCGGCUCCAGCCUCCACCGCUCCUGCAGGCACUUCUACUACUACUACUACUACCCAGACAGGAGGCACCGCAGGCACCGUCCAGGGACCAACCGGCACCCAGACCACAACCACCACCCAAACAGGCGGACAGACUGCCCCAUCUACAGCAACUGGUAUGCUCACAGUUCCCACCUCCAAUGACGUCACAAUCACUGGAGCCAGGAUAGUUGACAACCAGAUUAUAGCCAGAGAUGGCAGAAUCGUCACCAUUGGUCCCUGCGGCGGCCCAGGAGCCACUGCCAGAGAGGAGGUCGAUCCAAGCGGGCGCCGCCAGGUUGUCAUUAGUUGCAACAAUGGGCAGCCGGCAACAGCCUUCAUUGAUGGAGUACAAGUGACUUCGGGCACGACUGGCGUCAACAUUCCUAGAGGCGGCGCUGGGGCUGUGACUAACACUGUCACCACUACUACCAACACUGGGGGUGCCGUCAACCCUGGAACUGUAGGAACCGUAGGAAAUGUAGGAACCGAUGGACAGAUAAUUACUGGAGGAGCUGGUCAAGUUAUCCCCAAUACCGGCACGAUAAGCACGAUUAAUGAAGGAGCUGUCGGUACUGUCGGUACCAACCCCGGCACCAUUGGCACCAUCGGCACUGGCACUACCGGCACUGGCACCAUUGGCACCAUCGGUACUGGCACUACCGGCACCGGCACCAUUGGUACUGGCGGUACCAGCACCGGUACCAUUGGCACCAUCGGCACUGGAGGUACCAGCACCGGCACCAUUGGCACCAUCGGCACUGGAGGUACCAGCACUGGAACCAUUGGCACCAUUGGCACUGGAGGUACCAGCACCGGCACCAUUGGCACCAUUGGCACUGGAGGUACCAGCACUGGAACCAUCGGCAGUGGAUCUGGAGGUUUUGGUGCUGGAACCCUCGGCACUGGAGGCUCUACGAGUUCUGGAGGUUUUACAACCAAUACUGGAGGAUUUACAACCAAUACUGGAGGGUUUAAUACUUUCGGUAAUGGUGGAAGUACUUUCAAUUUUGGAAGGUAGAGGAAUGGCAAGCAGGUGUUUGCUGUUUGAAAAAAAAUGAACAUUGACAGGGUUCAAAUCAUAAAAUUAUGAUAACUAUUGUUGAUUUAUGCUUAUUUUUUAUGGUGUAAUAAUUAUUUCUAAACUAAAUCAAAGAAAGGCCAUAACGAUGUUGACUUCUAUUGUGUACGUAAGAGGUCAGGGUUGAUGAAUACUAAACACGAUAUCAUUAUAUGUCGAUAUCCUGUUACUCUCAAGUUUAACACCGUCAAAAAUAGUACAGCAUUACAGCAUUAUCAGAUAUGCUUUGACAGUAUUAGAAAAGAGGCUCCUCUGCAAAAGAUGCCUCGUUAUCAUCAUGUUAUCACAUUUAAUACGAAGUGUUUAUUAAACUCUGCAAGCAAAAAUAUUUUAUGUUAAAUAAAAAUACAUAAAAGUGAAAAGAG